GGCCAAUCAAAGCUGCUGUCAAUUUGACGGCUCCAACCAAUUCAUCAACCAACAACAACAAUAAGAAGAAGAAAAAGAAGAGAAUUUUCAAUCAUGAAGAUGGCUGACGGUUCCACAAUUUUGCGACGAAACAGACCCGGAACAAAGGCAAAGGACUUUUCAAACUGGGCCGAUGAAGUGUUCGAGGAAAUGGAUAGCACGCUUGCCGUGCAGCAAUACAUCCAGCAGAUGAUCAAGAAGGACCCUUCGAAUGUGGACCAAAUUCUUACCAUGCCGGAUGGGCAGGACGAGGGUGUGUGGAAGUACGAGCAUCUAAGACAAUUUUGCAUGGAAUUGAACGGACUGGCGGUGAGGCUACAGACGCAGUGCUUUCCGGCCACCUGUACCCAGAUGACAGCGACCGAGCAGUGGAUUUUCCUGUGUGCUGCACAUAAAACGCCCAAAGAGUGUCCGGCAAUCGAUUACACCCGACACACGCUCGAUGGUGCUGCGUGCUUGUUGAAUAGUAAUAAGUAUUUCCCCAGCAGGGUGUCCAUCAAAGAUUCGUCUGUAGCAAAGCUAGGUUCGGUGUGUCGCCGGGUGUAUCGAAUUUUCUCGCACGCUUACUUCCACCAUCGGCGAAUAUUCAACGAGUUCGAAGAGGAGACAUCGCUAUGUCUCCGGUUUACCAACUUCGUCACAAAGUACACGCUCAUGUCAAAGGAAAAUCUGAUCGUUCCCAUUCCGGAAUGUGAGCUUACGCCUGGCGAAAGUGAAGCCUAAAAAGCACCGGUCAGAGACGUCAGUAGUGUCAUUAUUCGUCAUUUUCGUGCUACUAUUCGAUGUGGAAAAAAACUGAAGUAGCUCUCACUACCCUCCCAGCACGAUUUUUCGUCCAAACGUCGCAUACUCCCGAGUACGCAUAUGCAGCUCCAGAAGGGUGGACGGGACGAAACGGUAUAGAGACAGUGGCCGAAAUCCGGUGUACAGAAAGCUAGAGCGAUCGAAUGCUGCCGAUCUACAGAAACUAGUUCAUCCGAGAUCGCACAUCGUUUUUUUAUUAGUUAAAACAUUUCUAAUUUUCCAUCUUCCUAGCGUAAACGUAAAUUAUUUAUAGUUCUCUCUCUUAGUUCUACCUGCUUUUUAUCUUACCUUACGUUCAGUAAGCAAGUGCUUAUUUUUCUGAUUACGAUUAUUGCGCUCAACUGUGCAAGUAAGGGUGAAAUAAGUCAUAAACCCAAUCGUGCAUCGGUGCGAAUUCUUCAACAACAAAAUAACUAGCCAACGGCAAAUUCAUCCCCGAUCAUGCAAAACGAGCACAGUAUUUGUUGAACAUAGCUACACUGUACGCCCAAGAGGGAUUGUAACAAUCUUUUUACAAUUAUAUUCAGUAUGUGUGUGUGUGUACUACAAAAACGGACGGUGAAUUGCUAGGCGUGUUGUAAACGGUGGUAGUUGAUCAUGUGUGCGAAUAUAUAAAUGAACAAAAACCCAGCAACUUUAUAGCAAAAGAUAUUAAAACAAAAGCAAAACAUUUACAUAAAGGAACACUCAUAAUGUAAUGAACAUACCUAUAUAUAUAUAUACGUGUAUAAAUAGUGAAGCUAUUAUUUAAUUGAACAAAUCCACACAAACACACACACAUCAACAAGAGAAGAAAGCGAAGCGUUACGCAAAGGACAGCGCGCAUCAAAAGUAUCAUAUGAAUAUGCAAAGAGUGUAAUUCGAAACCGCAUGAUUUUCACACGAUUGAAGUUAAGUAUAUGACACACCGAUCCUCAUGUUCAAAGCAAUAAUGAAAACCACACUCUCGGUGGUACAGGACGAGUUGCAAAGUGUUUCAACAAAAAAAAAAAGCAA